GGCGAAAAUUGUAUAACUGGUUGGUUCACCAUCGUGGACAAUGUUCUCAUCUAUUGCAAAUUGAAGCAGCGGUUGUCCGCUCGUCUGUAAUCAGUUCAUUGUUUGACAUCUUUGUUGUUCAUUUGGGUCUACAGUUUGAUGUUCGCGGGUUGUUCACGUACUCUCACUUUGCGUGUAGAUUUAGUUGUAUAAGAAUCAGUGGCAGGUUAUUUUGGGAGUGGUGCAUGCUGUGCAUUUACUUUACCGGUUUCUAAAUUGGAUAUAAACUACGCGUCGUGCGCCGACUAUCUUCUACAGUUAUGGAAGCUGGUGGUGGUGGUGUUCUGACAGCAGAACGAAGUCCUGCACGUGCUAAUCUGCACGUUGCUUUCACUGAAAAAGGAGAAGUCAAAGAACGUAGGGAAAAAUUUUUAACAGCCAAGUAUGGCUCGCAUCAAAUGUCGCUUAUCCGGAAGAGACUCGCAGUUGAAAUGUGGCUUUUUGAUGAGUUGCAGAAACUUUAUGAAACUGUGAAUGAAAAUGGGAAAUCUCGAGAGGUUGAGGUAGAUAUAGACGAGCUACUCGACAUGGACACUGAUGACCAUAGAAGAAGUUACUUACAGGAUUUGCUGGUGGAUGCAAAAAAGUCACCACACGAUGUAAAAAAAUUCAUCAACGAUUUGCUCGAGAAAGCAAAAACACUCUGAACAGCGACUGUCUCAUUUGGCAGAUGUACUACUCAAUUUUGAGACAUAAGUUUGUUCACUUCCCAAACGUGGCGUAAAUGAUAUGUGAAAACCUGAGUAAAUUUUCACUGCACGAAAGAAGCCACCAUAAUAACAAAACAUACGGCUAUAGCUCACUGAGGAAGGAAACUGUGUCUAUUGGAAAUACAUGUAUUAUUACCACAUGACUAGACAUAGUUUUUUGUAAGCAUAUGUUGUUUCAUAUUGAAAACAUCAAAACAUGGCUCCAAGCUUUAUCAGUUGAUAGUUUAGUAACAAAAUUUCGUUCAGUCCUCAAUGUACGAUCUACGUGCCAAUUCAAUUGCUAGUACAGAAAUUCUCUAGAUUUAAUGCUGUAGAAAAUUGGAACACCUCAUCAAUCUUCUUUCCGGUCUAAUUUCAAUUUUAAACAGGGUAAUUUCUUUAUGUUUCUCAAAUACGAAUGACAAUCGUCUAUUUGUAAUUUUGUUUUGAUUUUAACUGGAAGAAGAUUGUAUAUUCAAAUCACGUUGCUUCAGUAGUGAUAAAUGCUCACUUUACCGUUAUUAUUCACAUAUACUUGCCAGUUAAGUAGUUAAUGAUUAUAGAAUUGUGGUAAAUAAUAGAAAAGAAACGAGCCAAGAAUCCAUUUCAAUCCUACCUUCAUGCUACACUUUUCCUAUAAAAUCAGAUACUUAUGCAUAUUCAAUUUAGUAGAUGUAGGUAAAAUCCUUGGCAGAAAACUUAUUACAAUAUCUUAAUAUUACAUGAAAUUCGAUUAAUAAAGGUAAACAUAUAAUCAGAUUCGAGUGCCAAAAUAAAGGUUGGCUUGUUCUCACCUGUUCAUCGUUUUGCCAAAAGAUAUUGUAAUUAAUGUUGUGAAUCUCUUUCAUGUUUCUACUAUAACAGCUACAAGGUAAGGGUCAUAUUCCCUAGAAAAUAGUUUAGAUUGCUAAUGCACUAUUUUAAGUAUGUUUUUUGGAAUAAAUAAGAUUACUAGCAUUUCCAAGAUUGGCAAAUGGAAACCCUAGAUCUGCAAAUGUCUUAUCUAAUUCAUAAAUAUUUUAAAAUUCAUUCUCCAUGAUUGCUUUCUUAGCUGGGUUGAAACAGGAAUAUUAAGUGGUGAUGAAUUAUUUAGGCAAUUAUCGUCAUUUACUAUGCAUAGUUGAUUGAAAAUUGAGCCAUACAAUGUAAAACUGCAAAAAAAAUAAAAGAUUUUACUUGGCAAGGGAGUAGCUACGCUAAGAAUGCUCAGUCAAUAAUUCAAAACAAAUUAAUUUAAAAAACCUGAGUUAUACUUUCGUCAUGGUGUAUGUACGCUCAAGUAUAUGGGUAUCACGGCUCUUUUUUCUCCCCGUAUUCCUUAAAUUCAUGAUGUGGGAUUUGCUUUUCCUGGGCUGUUGAUACACAUAUUGUUAUUGCUUUUGCUUGAUCUUUGCUAUUAAUUACAUUAUUUGCCAAAUGACGCCCCAUUCUUACUUAUCUAUGUUUGUAAUUUUUGAAACAAGAUAACAGAAAAAUUUAUCAAAUGUAAUUGAAAUUUUUGCAUGUACUGCAUAGAUAAAAUAUAACUUGAAUUAUGAUUGUGAAGUUGCUUAACAUUAAGCGUUAACUAAUUAUAUUUUCGUGGAAUUUGUGAUAUCAGAGAUUUCGUGGAUAUAACAGUCUUCCGUUCGGUUCUAAAUACUUGAUAGUACAGUAGAAGUCUUUCAUUUCUUGAAUUCGAAUCACCUUAUUCUCCCGAAGUAUUAACUCUUCUCACGUUAGCGAGUAGUAUUAUCCUAUAAUGUAAAUUCACAACACAUCUCUUUCAUUAGAAUGAUGCGUAAGAAUAAUUCAAAACCCAUCCGUGUUUCAAUUUUCCAAUGUCUGUGGUAAGUUUUGUAUUCAAUUAGAUUACUGAAGACUCACUGUAUUUUUGAGUUGGUCAUCUAUAGAAUAUUACUGCUAUCCCUUUAUUUCGUAUAUCUGGGAAAAUUACGAAUGUAUAUCAAUAAUCUGACCUUAAUUAUUCAGAAUGAAUGAACCAAUAUAAUCAAUUUAAUAAUGGUUUACUUUAUUAUUUUUAUUAUGAAAUAAAAUUAUCUUUCGCUUUUAGAUAGUUCAUAAUAUCUAAAUAUAUUUUUAUUCAUUUUACCCCACUUUAACAAGUUGGACUUAUAUUUAUUCUAUUACUACCAAAGACAAUAGUAGAAAUGAAUUUAAAAUAAUUUCUGUGCGACGCGAUUUUUGAAUCUGAAGUGAAUAAAUCAACAGAAUUGUCACUGCAGUAAAUGAAUAAGUUGUGUUACACGAAAAUAUCAAUCCCCUUUAUUUUCAAAUCAAUAGAAGCAACAAUAUAAAACAACAUUAUCUCUCUCAAUGUUUUUAAUAUGUUGUGCUGUCAAGAUAUACAAAUUAUUAUAAGCAAAAUGGUUUGUUCGAAAAACCAAAUUUAAGAAAAGUAUCAAAUUGACGUUUCAUACAUGAUUCUCAAAAGGGAUUUUUUUCGUACUAAAAGUACUAAAGUCAAAUUCAUUUCAUCUUCACACGUGAAAAAGAUUAUUCACACAUGUUAGCUAUUAGCUAAAUUAAAAGGUGUGUUGGAAAGUGGACAGUUAACCAUAGAUUGUGAUUUUUUUUUUUGUGUAAUACUACCACAUCUAAAUACAGGUAAAUUUUAUAAGAAAAACCUCAACUUUUACAAUCCCAUUGAUCAUGAAAUCGUAUUGCAAUUACUUUUACUGCUAUGAUUGUUUAGCUAAAAUGAAAUUGAGGGUCGCAAAAGCGAUAUUGUUGAUUUUGAGUUAGCUUUCAAAUUAGCUUGGCCAUCAUCUUGAAAAUAUUUUUUUUCUCAGUUUCACUAGAGUUUAAAAUUCUUUAAUAUUAUUGCAUGACAUAUGUUGUUAAAUUACUGAUAAUUUCUGCGCUAUGGUUCAAAAAAAUCACUGACAGUUUUCAAGAAUUUAGGCGGAAAAAUCUACUUGUAUGUGUAACAAGUCGGAGCAAAAAAAUAAAAAUAAAAAAUUUUCUGUGGCUCGCUUUUAAUACCAACUGAAAAUCGUUAAUUUGAAUGUUGAAUUGUUUUUCGAAAUUUCUGCCUUUGACCUGCAGAAUCAGUUGAUAAUUGCAUAGUGAUUGAAUUUACCAUCAUAAAAUAUAUUGAGAAAAUUUUCCAAAUCAGAUCUCUUAAGCUAUUUGAUCUUGAUGUCUGUACCUUUUAUUAACAGCUGUGAGUUGGAUCCUACUAUAAACGCAAUAGCUUCGUUUCACGAUACUCAUCGUGUAUGCAUAUACGGUAGUAUAUAUUACGAUGGUCCGUAAUUUUUAAUCUCCAAAAUUCUUCUCAUACUGCCGUUCAAACUUAUUCCAGAUAUUUGAAAAAAAGCAUAUCUGAAGUCUCUAGUCUCUACAUCAGUAGAAAAAUGUGUACCAACAAUCUUACAUUUUCCCAUUUAGGUCAAUAAAUUUCAUUUAAUUUUGUAUUCAUGAAAUCGAUCUGACGGCUCACGAUUAAAAUUUCAUGAACCCCAAUUUCUGGACUGCCCUACCACAUAUAAUUACAUACAUAUAAAUGUAUGCAUACUGCAUGUAGAAGAUAAAACUUGUUAAAACAUUUUAUAUUUUGAGAACUAACAUUGUUCGAACAAAGAUGAUUUUAGGCAUAAUUAAAAAAUCAACAUAGAAUUAUUACUUGAAUGUGUAUAAGUUCAUGACUGCUCUGACAACGCUUGCUGUGUAAGAUUUUGACCACUUUAAAAAUGGGAAAUGCAUUGCUCAGGAUGGUCAGAAUCUAACAUUCCACGUAUAAAUCAAAUGUAUUGUUACUUUGUAAAGCUAUAUGUUACAUCGUAGUUUUUGACCGUUAAUUAUUUUGCAAAACUGUGGUUGAUCUCAGAAUCCAACAACAAUAAGGAACACUAUUGUUGGACUGUUGACUAAGACACUAAUUGAUCGUAAAUUAUUUUUCUAAUUUCGAUAGUCAGUUGAUUUCCGGAUUUCGAAUGUAUUCUUUAAUAUAAACAUCCAUAUUUACGUAUCGAGUGUAAACAUUGCCGCAGAUUAUACAUGUGUGUGUCAAGUGCAAUACCAUUGAUUAAUAUCAUAUCAUAGUGAAUAUCUGUAACAUAUUCUGAUUUCUAGAUUUCUAGACGUCAAUCUCUUUUUAUACUAUUUUAAUCUGUUUUAACAAUAAGUAUAUUUCAAAAUAGCUGUAUUUUCUUAGAAAUUCAAUUAAUUAGAAUUAACGCAACACAAAUGUUGAAUAAUUUGUAAAUUAUAGAAAAACGAAAGUACAACAAUUUUAAUCGCAUACAGUAAUGAACUGCGGAAUAGUGAAAUUUAAGAGCAAACGAAAAUAACUGUCACUGCGCACGCACUGUUUUGUAAUACAUCUGGAUCUCUGGUUAUCACGUAAAUGAAAUUUCAAAAAUUAUGGAAGCAUGUCUCUGGAAAAUUCAUGUAAUUAGUGUAUGUGUAGUAUUAAUAUUGUCAUUUUCUAGGAUUUUUCUGAAAUUUACCUAUGUCAUGUAGAUCAUCUAAAUCAUGUACUAAUAUUUGUUUAAUAUUUAAUUUCUUUUCUAACAUCAAACGAAAUGCGCACAAGAUUUGCUCAUCAUUGCAAAGUAUAAAAUAUAAGAAAAAAAACGAUUUUUACUUAGUCUGCCUGCUGCAUACUAAGUUCCUUUAAAGAACUUAAGAAUAAUUUUCAUUCCUUGACUUCGACUUAACAUGAAAUUUUACAGUCAUAUUCAUGAAAAAUACUUUACUGCAAUAAAAUAAUUUUAUUACAUAUCUGUGAAAUAGUAUUAUUAACAAUUCUUUCUAUAAAUCUUUGACUUUUUUACAUCAGCGCUGAGUAAACAGUCUAUACUUUUCUUCAUCUCGUAGAAAAUAUGAUUUUUUAUCAAUGAGUUGAGCAUUUCUGAACAUGGUAUGUUACGUUAUUCAAAGCUAAUUAUAUUGAUCAAAAGUUUCUCACGGAGUUUGUUAACUGAUUUCACAAAUCUGUCCGAGACAGUAAUAUACUAAUAGUUUUGGUACUUAUUACCACAUAUCUGGGCUAUUGCACUAAUAAUUGUCAGUUAUACAUUGUUAUAUUAUUCAUGUCUUCCUUGUUACAACUUUGUGAAAUGUGCUCAACUAAUUUCAAUUCUGAUAACCUGAAUAGGCUUGCGUCACAUCUGAGAGAAAUAUCCUUAUCGUGCAACUAAACGAUACAUGAAUUACAAUCAUGACCAGCGAUGAAUUUAUUGAUUUGAUUUAACCUUGAUUAUAAUAUUAUACGUCCAUUUGUGUUGUUAUAUUCAUCUAUAUAAAGGAUAUUAUUAAAAUUAUAGUUCCUUAUCACAUUUUUUAAAUAUACUAUCAGAUGAUUUACGAAAAAUGAAUUUAAAAAAUCUGAACCAAAAAAAAAAAAUUUGGCUCAGUCAGCGAAAGUCAGUCAAUCUAAGAUAAGAAAUACUAGUUUGAGGCUGGUAUGUGGAAAAAUUCCUAGGCGUAGUAAUCAUUGCAAUACUCUGCAAUAGUCGAGGAUUAUUGCAAAAUGGGUUUGGUAUGUUCAUAAAUUUUUGCUAGUGUUUAGUACACUGUGAUAUAUUUGUUCUUGCCGCCUUCUUACUGCAGAAGAUUAAAUACUGUUUUACAGCAACCAAAGACUAUUAGAUGAAAUAAAAGAAAGGGAAAACGUUACAACAAAAUGUAAGUCAGUGUCGUAUAUUUAUUAUCCGAAACAAACAUUUUUGAAUCUUUCAUUGAUUUUAGUGACUUGACAAACUUUGAUAAAAAUCUGAAAUAGUUUGUGAAAAUUUUCAGUUCGCGGCAAACUGGUUUAGUGAUUUAUACGCGGUUGUAAGAGAUGAAGAUCACCAUAAAAUUGGAGUCAAUCAAUGGGAUUCAAAUACGUGAUAAUUUUCUGUAUGCUGUUAUAAAAUCUGUGAAGAACAUAGAAUUUUGCUAACUAUUGAAAAAGUUGUUUGUGAUCAUUUGAGAUGUGCAGUUUUUGCCAGUAUCCUACAAUAUGUGCCACUAUGAGAGGAUAAGGAAGAUUUAUGACCGACACGACAAUAAAACAGACUGUGAAGUGGAAUUCUAUACUGCACAAUCUUAUUACAACUCAACAUCUGAACUGUGCUCUGUAAAUUUUGAGUGCCAAUGAUGUUUUUUAUAGCUAAUAAUCAACCAACUAAUGAACAAUGCCAGUGUAUACACACAAACGGACUUUGAAACAUAAGAAACCCAAUGUUACUUUUAGCUUUUUUUUUCAAACCAAAUUAUAAAAACCGCUUCUACCAAAUCCCUAGACCAGUUUGUAUAAUCUUUUACAUUUUUAGGCAAAAUGAACGUGUCUGUAACUGCAGACAUCCGUUUUGAAUAGCUUUUGAAUCACAAAUGCGUAUAAUCGAUCGAGAUGCACAAAUAAAGCUUUAAUGCUAACAUUAAUGAACGUAUGCUUCAUAAUUGUUAUUCAUUAGUAUAAAUUUUGUAGAUCCAUUGCUAAUCACUAUCUACAUUAGAUAUAUGUGACGGUUUUACAUAUGCAAAAAUAACAUUCAGAUAUUUCCCAUCCCGAAAAAUCCGACUUUUUUAUACUCCGAAGUUUUUGCAAACAUAUCUCGUGUAAAUAGUGAUAACAACUAGGGUAACGAUUUUAUGUAGAAGGCUACAAUCAAUCAUACAAUGCAGUUUAGCUAGUAAGAAACCUUUAUAAGUAUUUGUUAUAGUUUUAAUAAAUGUGAACAUUAAUCAAAA